AGUGAAGAAGCAUUGCAUUAAUAUGAAAGAACAAGAAAAAGAAAUUGAAUGAAGGCGUUCGCUUGUGGAAUGUGUUCGCUUCUUCUCAAGAUAUGGCUUCUUCUGACAAGCAGCAAAUAGGUGAUGGAGAUGCCGAGGAGAAAGAUGAAGACAAGGGUGGAUUUACUGGUAAGGUGAAGGACUUCAUUCAUGACAUUGGUGAAAAGAUUGGGGAGGGAGCUAUUGGCUUUGGGAAGCCAACUGCCGAUGUUACUUUCAUUCACGUCCCCUCCAUCAACCUUGACAAAGCCGACAUUGUUGUUGAUGUGCUCAUUAAAACCCCUGCCCCUGCCCCUCUUAUUGAUAUCGACUACUUCAUUGAGAGUGAUUCAAGGAAACGUGAUAAAAAUGGAAAAAUCUACUAAAAUUGAUAAAUAUGGAAAUAGUUAUAUUGAUGUUCCCAUCACCUUCAGGCCUAAGGACUUUGGUUCUGCACUUUGGGACAUCAUUAUAGGAAAAGGCACCGGUCACACCAUGAAAGGGCAUAUUAAUGUGGACACUCCUUUCAGAGCUAUGAAGUUUCCCAUCAGCAAGGAGGGUGCUACAACCAUACUCAAGAUGAACAAAGAAGACGAUGCCAAUGAUGAUGAGGUAUGGUAACUGUUUUUGUUUGCUAGAUUCUUCAUUGUUACAUCAGAUUUUUUAUUGGCUAGAUUGAAAAUCCUGCUCAACAUUGUCUUGAUUUCAUUUCAUAGCUUUUGCGGUCUCGGCAGACAGUGUAGGCUAAGAUAGUUUGUAUCUGCAAAUCGUUACUUCUUUUGCCUUGCUUGUUAAUGAGUUCAUGAUCCUUUCUCAACGUCUAGCUGUGUUGUGCCUUGUUCUUACUAAUGAUUGGUUGGGUAAUUUGCUUUACAUUGCACAGUUAGUUGCACAAGUUGUCACUAUCCAACAAUACAAUCAGAUAAAUGUAUGGCCACUGUGCGAGCUAAGAUAGUGAGAACUGCUGCUGCUGUAGUAGCGGUGCCAUUUGCAGUACUGUAUCAUUUUCUAUGUUCUAACUGUGAACAAACAGAGAUGUAAGUUUCGAGGAAUCAAGAAGAGGGCAGGCAGUCCUGAAGCAACAUGGCCGGUGUGGGUGCUGGAGGAACAUCAAGUCAUGUCCAUCACAAAAUGAAUUCCAUUCCAUUCACAAAUUAUUGCAUACAAUACAAUCGUCUUUCACGAAUCAUGCUUGGCUAGCCUGCUAAAAUGUCAUUUCCUCCAGGCAAGAGCCUACAUACGGGUCAGUUCUCAUUACUCGGUUGGAUGGGUUGGUCCCAUUGUUGUGAAAAAAACACAGCAAUUAUUGAUGAAAAUUACAUUAACAAAUAAAUUAGAAAAAAUAUAGUUCGAUAAUAUACCUACAUUUAUAAAAGUGAUGAAUUUUUAUAUUCACUAUAUUAAAAUGAUAUCACAUUAUAUAUAUUUAUAAUAGACC